AUGGCAAACCUGGCCGGUGAAGAUGAGGCCCAGAUUCAAGAGUAUGCGGUGCUUCAUUGCAACUUUCCCUGCCAAAAGCAAAGCUGUGGCCGGGUCAUCAAGGAGGGGGUUCUCCUUCGAUGCCGCCAUAUCUUUUGCAACGAGCAUGCGCAGCAAUGGUUCCUCAAGUCCGAGGAGUGCCCCGUUUGUAUGGAUGGCCCGGCGAAGCGGCGGGAGGUUGGACGAGAAGAUGAUAGGGAACGUGUGCGGCUUUUGCAAGAGCUUUUGGUCACUUCAACGCCUUUGGAGGCCCAGGAGGCUGCCUCGGUGACCGUGGAGCUUUGGGAGGCUCAGAAGGCCGAGGAAUUUGCACAAGAAGUCGCUCGAGAGCAGGAGAUUGCUGUGCGUAUCACUCAGCUGAAUCGGAGCAUCAAGAAACGAUUGAAAGAGGCCGAGGAUUCUUUUAAAUCACGGGUGGCCCGGACGGAAGAUCUCCGGCGCCGCGUGCGCGAGGCAGAGCAGUUGCUUCGGCGGGACAAGGAGUAUGCGGCCACACUUGCGCAGGCUUAUGAGCAUGAUCAGCGAAGGGAGAGGCGAGACGAGCCGGUGGAGCAGCCCCAAGCUUCACGGCCGGUGGCCUUAAAAGAGGCACCGCUUCUGCCGCUUUUGGACGACAACGCUCAGGGAGCACUUCGGGUCCCGACCCAGGCCAUGCACCUGGCGACGCAAGAGCUGCGAGAGGCGCUCCUGGAGGCGACCGAGCUCGCAGUACAGAAGUCCUUUGCCACCAUGGAGCAACUCAUCCAGAAAGACGCGGCGCUCAGCUCGCACCUGCCAAACCACCUCGCCUCCGGGCAGGGCCCGAAGGAGCAGGUCUGCGGAAGUCCGGGUCCACUCGGAUUGAGCCUGGACCCUAGGCUGCCCUGCAAGCCCACACUACCGAACACGGAGAAGGAUGAGGUGCCCUGUGAAGAGGAGCGAACCACCUCGAAAUCCAGCAGGCUGGAGAUCCCAAGCCCCACCAGCGCCCGGACCCCUACGAGGUUUGAGGCCGGUGGGCCAAGGAUGGAAGGUACUUCAUAG